GUAGAAAGCAGUCCUUGGUGGUUUUAGAAUCACCUCAUCUUUAUGGUGAAGCUGAAAGAGUAGCUGAACCUGUGCCUCAGGAUUUUGUGUCUUUGGAGGAAGUGACCGUGCAUUUCUCCAAGGAGGAGUGGUCUCAGCUGGAUCCUGACCAAAAAGCACUCCAUGGGGAAGUCAUGCUGGAGAAUUCCAGGAAUCUGGUUUACCUGGGAUACAAUGGGCAAGAGAGUAAGAAUUGCAAGGAGGAAUGCCAAGCCAUCCAUUCAAAAGGCAGAAAAGGGAAAUUUGCAGAUCAGAUGCAACCAAAGAGUGAUGAAACAAAGCAAUCACAAAGUGUCAUUAAAAAUGACUUUCCUUGGGUCAAUCGGCUUCGUAACCGUACAAUCAUUGAUAUGGGAGAAAGACCAUAUCAAAGCAUGGAGUGUGGGAAGAACUUUAAUACAUCAGAUCAUUUGAUUUUCCAUAACACAACACAUUCAGAAGAGAAAACAAAUACCUGCAGGGAGUGUGGAAAGACCUUCUGUGAUAAUCAAUCUCUUAUAAGACAUGAAAGGAGUCACAAAGGAGAAAGACCUUAUAAAUGCAGGGAGUGUGGAAAGACCUUUACUUGUAGCAGUACUCUUAAUUCCCACAAGAGGAUCCACACAGGAGAGAACACGUAUCAAUGCAUGGAGUGUGGAAAGACCUUUUCUCAUAUGACGACUAUUAAUUUCCACAAGAGGAUCCACACAGGAGAGAAGCCACAUCAAUGCAUGGAAUGUGGAAAGACCUUUACUUGUAGCAGUAGUCUUAAUUCCCACAAGAGGAUCCACACAGGAGAGAAGCCAUAUCAAUGCAUGGAGUGUGGGAAGAGCUUUAGUUGCAGUAGUAGUCUUACUUAUCACAAGAGGAUCCACACAGGAGAGAAGCCAUAUCAAUGCAUGGAAUGUGGAAAGACUUUAACUUGUAGCAGUAGUCUUAAUACCCACAAGGGGACCCACACAGGAGAGAACUCAUAUCAAUGUAUGGAAUGUGGAAAGAUCUUUACUCGUAGGACUACUCUUAAUUCCCACAAGAGGAUCCACACAGGAGAGAAGCCAUAUCAAUGCAUGGAGUGUGGGAAGAGCUUUAGUUGUAGUAAUAGUCUUACUCACCACAAGAGGAUCCACACAGGAGAGAAGCCAUAUCAAUGCAUGGAGUGUGGGAAGAGCUUUAGUUGCAGUAGUAGUCUUACUUAUCACAAGAGGAUCCACACAGGAGAGAAGCCAUAUCAAUGUGUGGAGUGUGGAAAGACCUUUAUUUGUAGCAGUAGUCUUAAUACCCACAAGAGAACCCACACAGGAGAGAAGCCAUAUCAGUGCACGGAAUGUGGAAAGACUUUUACUCAUAUGACUACUCUUAAUUCCCACAAGAGGAUCCACACAGGAGAGAAGCCAUAUCAAUGCAUGGAGUGUGGGAAGAGCUUUAGUUGCAGUAGUAAUCUUACUUAUCACAAGAGGAUCCACACAGGAGAGAACUCAUAUCAAUGAAUGGAAUGUGGAAAGACCUUUACUCAUAGGAGUACU